AUGAUUAUUCAUAAUUCUAUUGAGUUUGUAAAAGGUAAUAUAUGGCUUUUCUGGCAUGCUUCUUUAUCCAUUCCAACAGUGGUGUUAUCUACAAAGCAAUCAAUAACAGUGAAGGUUGGGGAAGUUUUAGUAACAUGGGUUCAUGCUGCUUGUCUCAUAGUUGAUAGGAGAAGUUUAUGGGAAGAUUUGAAAAAUAUAAAUGAGUUGAAUCUACCAUGGCUAGUGAUUGGUGAUUUUAAUGUUGUUCUUUCUUGUGAGGAAAAAAAAGGUGGAAGGCAACCUUUAAAGGUAGCAAUGCAAGACUUCAGAGAUUGUAUUGAAUAUUGUAAUCUUAUUCAAGCCCCUAGAACUGGAAUUAAAUUUUCAUGGUGCAACAACAGAGUAGGGAAGAAAAGGAUUUUAUGUGAUCUUGACAGAGCAUUUUAUAAUCUUCAAUGGCUGGAGUGUUAUGUGACUUGGUGUUAUAAGGUGGGAGUUAGAGGCACAUCUGAUCAUGGUGCAUUACUUGGUGGAGUUGCUCAGAGUGAUAAACCACACAAUAUCCCAUUUAUAUAUCAAUCUGUGUGGACCACUCACCCUGGUUUUCUAAAAGAGGUUUUUGGUGAUUUAAGAGUGAAAGUUAAAACUACAAAAGAGGUAGUUCUAAAAGCUUCUUUGGAGUCUGAAGCUGAUCCAGAAAAUAUUGUACUUCUUAAUAACUUAGUCACUGCAAGAGGACUACAUGAGUUGGCUUCACAACAAUACAAUGAACUAAUGAGAAGCAAAUCAAGAGUGAAAUGGGUGAAGGAGGGUGGAGCAAAUACAUAUUUCUUCCAUGCAAGUCUGAAAAUUAGGAAAGCUCAAAAUAAUAUCACAGAACUUGAAACUCCAAAUGGUGAUGUAGUGACAACACAAUCUCAAAUUGCAGACAUUUUAGUAAAACAUUAUCACAAGAAAUUUGAGCAGAAAACUGUUAAUUUUGAAGAGGAUCUGUUUGAAGCAAUUCCAAACAUCUUAAAUGAAGAAGAUAAUGAUUUACUUGAUGCAUUGCCUAGUCAAGAAGAAAUAAAGAAUGUUGUUUUUGCAAUGGACCCAAAUAGUGCUCCAGGUCCAGAUGGUUUUCCAGGAUGUUUUUAUAGAUAUGCAUGGGAAGUGGAGGGUGCUGAGCUUAUGAAGAAAAUACAAUUUUGCUGGAGGAAUAGAUUCAUCCCUAAAGCUAGAAUUCCUGUUCUUAUAAAUGGUGGACCAUGUGGUUUCUUUGAAGUAGGGAGGGGACUGAGACAAGGUGAUCCAUUGUUACCAAUAAUGUUUGUGCUAGCAGAAGAGAUAUCUUCUGGUCAAGAAGUUAAUAAAGCAAAAAGCAAGUGUUUUGUUGGUGGAGAGACUGAUCCAAGAAAACAAGGCAUUGCUGAAAUGUUGCAAAUGGAAUUAUCUUCAUUCCCAGAUAAGUAUUUAGGUGUCAUUUUAAAACUAGGAAGAGUUAAAAAUAAUCAAGUUUGGGGGAUAGUGGAAAUGAUGCAGAAAAUGUUAGCAAGGUAG